CCGAUCCUGUCAAGUUCAAAAUAACCUCAAAAUUAGUUCAAAAUAUGUGAAAUUUCAUUCAAUAUUAAUUUAAGACAAAAUACUCAUUUAUUUAUUAAAUAUGUUAAGUUUAAACAAAUCUUUUUUAUACGGCACAUUUUUCGCAUCGAUAACAUGGAUGGUAUCUUUGUAUUUGUACUCUCAAAUAACUAAAGGAGACAUCUAUAACGGAACUGAUUUUAUUUUCGCCAACACAAAUGAUAAUACACACAAAAAUAGUGAAAAACUUUUGCUGCAUCUACAACCUGAUGGGCUUGCUCACAAUAAUAAAGAAAAUGAUGAUUCCACUGAAUUAGGGAUGGUUAGAACAGUGGAAGAGCAAAAAAUAAAAGAAGAAGGUUAUAAAAUCCACGCUUAUAAUGUUUUGAUGAGUAUGAAAUUAAGUUUGCACAGAAAAAUUCCAGAUACAAGAAAUGCACUGUGUAAGGAUAUUAAUUACGAUUUUCCCUUGCCAACGGCCAGCAUAAUUAUUUGUUUUUACAAUGAACAUUUUGAAACUCUACUAAGAACUAUUCAUUCGAUUUUGGAUAGAACGCCGGAAGAAAUGCUUCACGAAAUUAUUUUAGUGGAUGAUUACAGUGAUUUGGUGGGCCUGCAUAGUGAUUUGAAAAAUUAUAUACACCUCAAUAGUCUUGAAAAAGUAAAAUUAAUCAAAGCCGAAAAACGGGAAGGUUUAAUAAGAGCAAGAUUAAUAGGUGCUCAUAAAGCUGAAGGAGACAUACUGAUUUUCCUUGAUAGUCAUAUUGAGGUUAAUAUGGGUUGGAUAGAGCCGCUGUUGGGGAGAAUUAAAGAAAAUAAACACAAUGUCGCAAUGCCUAUAAUAGAUAUUAUAAACCCUGAUACUUUUGGGUAUUCGUCAAGCCCUAUUGUUAGGGGUGGCUUCAAUUGGGGGUUGCAUUUUAAGUGGGACAGUUUACCAGUGGGUACCCUUACAAAUCCAGAAGAUUUUGUGAAACCUAUAAAAUCACCUACAAUGGCAGGAGGACUUUUUGCUAUUGAUAGGGAAUAUUUUAAAUUAUUAGGUGAAUACGAUCCUGGUAUGAAUAUUUGGGGAGGAGAAAACUUGGAAAUAUCAUUUAGAAUUUGGAUGUGUGGUGGUCAUUUGGAUUUGAUACCAUGCAGUAGAAUUGGGCAUGUCUUCAGACAUAGAAGACCAUAUGGGUCGCCUGAUGGACAAGAUACCAUGCUGUAUAAUUCCUUAAGGGUUGCCCAUGUUUGGAUGGAUGAUUUUAAGGAUUAUUUCCUCCAACACAACAAAAUCCGCGAAUCCGCCGAUUUCGGCGACGUAUCCUCCCGCAUUCGGCUGCGCAAAGAGCUAAAAUGCCAGGACUUUGACUGGUACCUGAAGAACGUCUACCCGGAACUAAUCUUGCCCAACGACGACGAAAACCGCUUGAAGAAAAAAUGGGCGGCCGUGGAACAGAACGACUACCAACCUUGGCACUCUAGAAAACGCAACUACACCGCUCAGUUUCAGAUGAGAUUGAGCAAAAGCAAUUUGUGUAUUCAGAGUGCCGAGGAUGUAAAAUCGAAGGGCAGCGGUUUGGUUUUAAAGACGUGUUUAAGGAGUAAGGCUCAGAUGUGGUAUCAGACCGAUAAGAACGAGUUGGUUUUGGCUCAAUUGCUUUGCCUGCAAGCUGGAAAGCCUCACCCUAUUUUGUAUAAGUGCCAUGAGCAAGGCGGGGAUCAGGAGUGGAAGCACAAGGGGGAGAAUAAAACGCCUAUUUACAACCUUGGAGCAGGCACAUGUCUAGGUGCUAAAAGCAAACAGGCUGACUCCAAAAUAACAAUGAAACUAUGCACAGAUCCCGAAUUAAAUAUGUGGGAUUUAGUAGAAUCUCAUUAAAUUUUAAUGCGUAUCAAAUUUAAGCUAAACUCGAUUGAAAAGAUAAGUAUUAAUACCUACAUAAGUAUAAUUUUGUAAUUGCUUCUAAAAAUUGUUAAUUCUUUAGGUUUUCUGACCCCUUUAUUAUGUUUUAAGUUUUUUAGAAACUAUGCUACAACAAUACAUAAUUCUAAAUAUUUUGUGGUGUUAAUAAUUUAGCAUCCAUUUUUACAAAAAUAGUUUAAGUU